GAAAGCGGCGCCGCCCGUCGGCCGCUGGCGCGGUUGAAGCUGGUGCCUUCCACCUCUUGUCCUUAGGGUUCCCCCAAAGAGUGCGGGCAAACAAACCCAGCAGCUGCGCUGCGCCUUUUGGCGCGACGGUUCCCCAAGUAGGGCCUCCCAUCCCCCUCCGUCAGCGCACCUGAGUGGGCUGGGAGCGUCAUCUCCACAAGUCGGCCCUGCAGCGGCGCCCACAUUUGGUGUAGCAUCCCUGUCCCUGUCCCCGGUCCCUACCCGGUCGUCCCGCCGCCGGAGCGGUGACCGCUUGGCCCGCCGUUCCUCCGCUGCCGCCACCAUGGGCAGUGAGCAGAGCUCCGAGGUCGAGAGCCGACCCAACGAUCUGAACUCCUCAGUGACUCCUUCUCCAGCUAAGCACAGAGCCAAGAUGGACGAUAUUGUGGUUGUAGCUCCAGGCUCCCAGCCCUCCCGGAAUGUCAGUAAUGAUCCCGAUGUCAUCAAAUUGCAAGAGAUUCCAACCUUCCAGCCGCUUUUGAAAGGGCUGUUGAGUGGCCAGACUUCCCCAACAAAUACCAAACUGGAGAAACUGGAUUCUCAGCAGGUGUUACAGCUCUGCCUCCGAUAUCAGGAUCACCUUCACCAGUGUGCAGAAGCUGUUGCCUUUGACCAGAAUGCUUUGGUUAAACGAAUCAAAGAGAUGGAUUUGUCUGUGGAAACGCUCUUUAGCUUCAUGCAAGAGCGCCAGAAAAGAUACGCCAAAUAUGCGGAGCAGAUCCAGAAGGUCAACGAAAUGUCCGCCAUCCUCCGGCGCAUCCAGAUGGGCAUUGACCAGACGGUGCCCCUGAUGGAGCGGCUCAACAGCAUGCUGCCCGAGGGCGAGAGGCUGGAGCCCUUCAGCAUGAAACCCGACCGAGAGCUCAAGCUGUAGCGCUGCCCGUACCCUGCUGCGGGUGAGGCCGGCGCCGCCCCCCCCCGACCCCCCCCCCCCCCCCGGACGGCUGGAACCAGCGUCCCCUGAUGUGACUGGAUCUCAAAGGUGGCUGGAGGGUUCGGUCGCCCUGAAGGGACGGGAGCGGCCCCUCUGGCCUGAAAGUCUGGUGCCGCUGCCCUGCCCACCCACCCCUUUCCUUGAUGCAUUUUUCCCCUCUGCGAAAGGAACCGGACUCAGUCUCGGUGCUGAGGUUGGAACAGUUGAAUUAUUGGGAACCUUUUACAGGACUCUGCAUUGGGAAUUAUUUUUAUUUUGUGUGGGUUUUUGUUUUUUUGUUUGUUUUUUUAACUGCAAGUGUGUACUGUCAAGUCUAGCUCGUGGAGUGAAAAAAAGGGGAGGGAGCACGUGUCCUGCAGCCGUGUGUCCUCGUGUCCUCGGUGCCCUCACGCACCUCUCAGCAGGCUUCCCGGGUAGACACUGCAAACGUAAAGAAGUCAUCUGCUCCAGGUCUCAGUGUUGUUACUGUUCCUGCCCUCUUUAUAUCACGUUGGGUCUUUAUCUAGGACACCCUCUUCCUGCGCUGGUGGGUGUGUUACGUGCUGGGUUCCGGUGUCCCUCACACGUCAUCAUCGGAAACCAUCGGAAACCAAAGACUUCCUCCCAACACCCUCAUCAGGUCCACCCCCCACCCCAGAACUGGCUUCCUCCAUGUGCACGUAAUUUAGGGUUCUUUUGAUCACAUCAGCACUGGCAGGGCUCUGAGUUUUGUAAUGCGGUUUCUACCCGCAUUUCUUUUACUAGCCUGGUAAGCCUGUGGUGUGGUCGGGGUUUGACAUGCCUACAGCAGGCAUUUAAGGAGCCCAUUCGACGUGUCUGACACUGUACCCCGGAUACAAAAAUGUCUGUGUAGCCCUCGCCCUUCUUGUCUGAAGAGACAGAACUCAAAAUACUACUGAAUUUCUGUGGGAGUUUAGGAACAGAACUUGCAUAGCCACAAAAUUUCUUAGUGCGGUACUUUGCACGUCUUAUUAAAUGUCCCCACGGAAGAAAAGACUGGAGACACAAAGAAAUGGAAUGUAGGACCAGAGCGAGGCAGGCAAGUGAGACCAAGCGCUGGGGGGCACGGGGAGCCUUUGGGCCGGCGUACCAUGCAGGCCGCACCGUGCUCCCUUCGUUCCUUCAGACUUCGGAAGGUGUUUCCUGGGUGUAACAGCCUUUGGUAUAUUUCUAAGAUUAAAAUGGAUCCCCCUUAAUUUAUCAUAUCUUGGGUAAUCUUGGUCUGAUUCUAAUCGCUGAUUUUAAUCAGCUGUUUUGUAAGAUUCUUAGAACCCAGAAUGAAAUGUAGGCCAUGAAACAACUGGAUGACAGAAGAAACAUGAGCAAACUAAGCUAAAUAAAAACAAACAAAAAUUUUUUUUAAUUCAGACACAGGAAAAAAAAUCAACAGCCUCUAGGAUUCUCUAAGGAACAACCCAAAAAUAUCAAGAUUGUUCACGCCUCUGAGCUGGAGAGACCAGAUGGGCACUGGGGCCAAGAGAAGAGGCCCAGGCGCGUCCAGCUUUCCCAGGGGGUAACUUCAGAUCGCAUUUCCGCCGUCCUGGGACCCGAUGCCCUUUCCCCAGUAGGAAGGCGGGGGGUAGAGAUGUAGCCGGAGGAGAUGAAGUGGUCUGGGGGGUCGGGGAGGACUCGGAAGCCAUGUGCUGGGGAGUAAGCAGCUACAUCUUCAGACUUUUUUGGGCCGCACGGGUAGAAGUUGUUUGUGUUUAUAAUGCCGUUUUUAAAAAACAUUUUUUUUAACAUUUAACCGACUAAGCCACCCAGGCACCCCUUAUAAUGCCUUUUGAUGGUCAAGUUUACUGGGUCUUAAAAACCAUUUCUAGAGCAGUUUAUUAGAGGGUAGAAAUCAAGAAAGACAUUCUGUUUCUUAGAAAUCUAUUAAUAAGGUUAACAAGGUGGUCACAUUUACUGAAUAAUGUAUCUUCCUGCUGAUGUGCAAAUCUCUCUUCUCAUGUAGUGAAUUUCCAUAUAAUGGAGGAUCUCCUGAACUGUAUUCUGAUCCAUUGAUCUUUCUCCCCAUACCAUUUCGUGCUGUUUUGCAUUUUUUCAUACUGUGUUAAUAGAAUUUCACAGUACAUUUUAAUAUCUAAUACAGCUAGACUCCAUGCCA